ACACAUACGCUUAAAGGCAUAUGCGGAGAGGAGAGAAAAAAAGAAUACCAUCACUCCAGAGGUCAGAUCCGAUCAAGAAUAUCUUGUCCGUAAAUCGAGAAGAAUGUCUUCUUCAACGUUCAGCGGCGAUGAAACGGCACCGUUCUUUGGGUUCCUCGGCGCCGCCGCGGCCCUUGUCUUCUCAUGUAUGGGAGCAGCAUACGGAACAGCGAAGAGCGGAGUAGGUGUGGCGUCGAUGGGAGUGAUGAGGCCGGAGCUGGUGAUGAAGUCGAUCGUGCCGGUGGUUAUGGCUGGUGUGCUGGGUAUCUACGGCCUUAUCAUCGCCGUCAUCAUCAGUACGGGCAUCAAUCCCAAGGCCAAAUCCUAUUACCUCUUCGAUGGCUACGCCCAUCUCUCCUCUGGUCUCGCUUGUGGCCUUGCUGGCCUCUCUGCUGGUAUGGCUAUUGGCAUUGUCGGUGAUGCUGGUGUUAGAGCCAACGCCCAGCAGCCAAAGCUUUUUGUUGGGAUGAUCCUCAUUCUCAUUUUUGCCGAAGCACUUGCCCUGUACGGUCUCAUUGUUGGCAUCAUUCUCUCUUCUCGAUCGGGUCAGUCAAGAGCCGACUAGAAGGUGUGCUAGGUGGUUUUGUUGGGUUGCUGCUAUUUAUUAAGAGCUACUUUACUGUUUUGUUUGAAGUUGUAGUUUCUUUUUGGGAGGUGCAUUACAGAUUCUUGUAUGGUGUGAGUGAUCCGUCGAUGUCUACCAGGUUAAUUGGUAGUGGUUAUGCGCCAAAGGUAGAUAUAGGGCUAGCAAUUAGUUGUACUUCUGAAUAAGUUUGAGUUGUGUUUCAUGAGUCCAUGCCUGUAUUGAGAAAUCGAAUUGACAUUAAUUUGUUGGAAAUUAUAUAUACCGCCUGUAUCAUUGUGUUAAUUUCA